CGUAUUAUUUGCUUCGGUCAAGGUAGCGUUUUAUUUUCAGAAUCCCUCAUAGAUCUCUUUUACUCUGAUCUGUUAUUUCGGUCCAUCAACAGAAAAUCAUGUCUUAUCUUCAUCCCGCCUUCAAGGCUGUGGUUAUAGCCGUUGCAGCGCCACUUGGCCUAUAUUGCGUUUUCCUGGGAUUGGGAAUGACACCGUUCUUCCAGAGACAGUUCCUGUAUGCACAUAAGUUCAAUACAUUAUUAUGGAGCAAUGUCAACCAACCAGAACGAUGGGGUUUCGCUCGGAACCAAGUAACUCCGUUCUCAUUAAAGACUCCUGACGGUGAAUCUCUCUACGCUUGGCACAUCCUUCCACUCCCUCUAUAUCUACAAAAUGAGGCCAAGAUCGAAUCCCAAGAGCCGGGUUUCUCGGCAGACUUCACCAAGACUGAGUCAUUUCGUCUGCUGAAAGAAGAUCCGGAAUCUCGCUUAGUUCUGUAUUUUCACGGUAAUGCUGGUCAUAUUGCGCAAGCUAUUCGACCUCUCAGCUAUCAUUCUCUGACUGAUACUUCAUCAUAUCAUGUUAUUGCCAUCGACUACCGAGGAUUUGGUCAUUCUACAGGCACGCCUUCAGAGACUGGAGUAAUUCAAGAUGCUGCAACACUCGUUGACUGGGCUACCAAAGUCGCAGAGAUUCCACCAAGUCGCAUCGUACUACUCGGGCAGAGUUUAGGUACUGCUGUAGUCAGUGCCGUUGCUGAAAAGUACGCUCUUCAGGGCGUCGAAUUUGCAGGUAUUACCAUAGUCGCCGGGUUCAGUGAUCUUGCAAAUCUCCUAUUGGGCUAUCGCAUUGUGGGUAUCUUCCCUGUACUUGCUCCCUUCCGCAUGUGGCCGUCACUCGUGCGCUUCAUUCACCGAUUCGUGGUCGACAAAUGGCAUUCGGAUAGACGACUCGCCAACGUUGUCCGUCUUACGAAAACGAGGCUAAGGCUCAAUCUGAUUCACGCCAAGAAUGAUAAAGAUAUUCCAUGGACUGAGGACAACAAGCUCUUCAGGGCAGCUGCCCAAGAGACGCUUGGAAUCAUGGACGACAAGGACUUCGAGGCUUGGAAGGAAGAACGCACCAUCCGCAAGGGCAAGGAUGCAUUUGUGACUACUUGGACGGCUGAGCCCAACAUGAUUAUCCGUCAAGAGCUUUUUCCAUACGGCGGCCACAACGAUGUUAUGGGUUAUGCGCCUGUUGCGCUGGCGAUCAUGAGGGCAUUUGAUCUUCACGGAACGACCUACAGUGAUGAGUAGGUAGACGAGGAGAGCACAUUAUACCAGAGUAGUUACUUGGCAUCUGAUAAGUAGCAUCUUCAUAUCUGGUCCAUUAAGUUGUAAUGAACCAACUUAUAUACGAUUUCUUAGUAAUUACUUG